GGAGACACAUCCCAGCUGUUGGGAACUCUGGGCACUGCUAUUGCAACAGAGACAGCGACUUGCAACUGCUUUUCCUGGUCAUGUAACCAGUGCGCGGAUGGCGCGUCAAGUUUGCUUGUCGAGCAUAUCGGAUAUGGCUGCACGAAGAUGAGUCGAUAGCCACACUCCUUGACUUCUGAGUGCUGACGUGGCGACAGUUGAGAGAUGGCCCGAGAACGAUUCUUCACGAUGACGGCCUUUGUGACUUCCUACCUAAACAAGUGCCAAGACUUCUUUUGUGAUCCAGUGCAUGUGCUUCUCCGUGAAAUUCAGGAGUGUCAGCUCAAAAGUGAGCAGUUUACCUCUAUCAAGCUCAAUGGAAAUCGGAAGGAGCUCUUCAACAAGCGGGUCACCUACCUGCAGGUUUUUGCCCUCACAGAGGCUUUGGAACGCUAUCCUCUCAUCACAUCAAUUGAUCUCUCAUACAACAUAAUCGGGAGUGCGGGCGUCAUGUCCAUUGCAACAUUGCUUCAGCGGCGCGGCACAGCUCUUCGCUACUUGAACCUCGAAGGGAAUGACAUCGGACCACAAGGUGCAAUCUGCCUGGCGACGGCUCUCUCUCGAAAGGCGCCGGCUCCUCAAAAUGGGAUUGAGAGGGAAGAUGAAGAUGAAGACGAAGUUCAUGGACUUCUGCAGCUCAACAUGAGAGGGAAUCCAAUCGACGAAGAUGGGGGUCUGAGUAUGGCAGAUAUGCUGCAAGUGAACACAAAACUGCAGGAUCUGAACCUUGGAGACACUGAAAUAGGCACUCGAGUAGUGCCACGUCAGCAGCACCCCGCCACCAUGACGGGCGCAGCUCUAGGCAUGCCAGGCCAACUGGCCAAUGGGUCUCUUGCCGACUACAAAAAGCGGUUCCAGGCUCAGAUCGCUCUCAUCGAGGUUGCGGAACAGCGCCAGCUGGCAGCUGAGGCUGCCCGCCUACAGGCUGAAGCAGCGGAAACAGCUGAGAAGCAGCGGCUACAGGCCGAAGUAGACGCAGAUACCCAGGCACGCCGCAAGGAGGCCCAGGUUCUGCUGCAGCGGCGUGAAGCGGGCAGCAUCGACAGAUUCAAGUUCUGGCACUUUGAACCGGCCAACGGCGACGACGCGACACCGGAAGAGCAGCAUAAGGAGUUCCUCUCCAAACUCGUGACACGGUUGUUGUACACUUGCAACUACCAACAGUCCGAGUUAGAGAAACAGAACCAGGAACUGCAGCAACAGUACCAGGAUCUGAAGACACAGCACCAGGAGUUGGCGAACCUCCGCCGGAUGGUGCAGAUCCACGAGGAUGCUACACGGGCACUCAACUCCCGUGUACUGGACCAGUGGACCUGGAGCAAGCUGUACCAGGACCAGAUGCUGAUCACAUGGGAAGAGUUAAGACGGCUGUGGAAGAAGCGGUUCAUCGUCAACGACGCACCAACACUUGCCAUCAACCGUCUCUUCACCAUGACUCAAGGCAACACAACAACGCGUGACUGGCUCAUGGAAUGGCAGAAGAUCGCGGCAACGCCCGAUCUUGACUUACCAUUUCCGCAUCUGCGCCGUGAGUUCUACAACAGGUCAUGCGCUGCAUUGAGCCAGGCACUUGGUGAUCGCGAGCAGUAUGCAACCUUCGCCGAGAUCAUUGCCAAGGCAAGGGAGAUCAUCAAGACCAACAGGGCGGCUGCACACGAGAAGUCAACGUGGCAGCCAACCUAUGUGGAGAAGGUGAGAACUGGUCCGCGACAGGAGCAGUUCGCUGCAGUCCAACAGGACAACACUGUGGAAGACCCGGCAGCCACCCAAGCGUCACGUGAGGGAGAUCAGGUGGCUGCUGUCCAGCCGCGAAGCAACAACAAACCCCGAGUGAACGGGAAGGCAAAACCAGCAUCGCAGGCCGGAAACGGACAGCCAGCACCACCAUGGGUCAAGUUCAACUUGACCGAGGCCGAGUACAAGUACCGCAGCCGUUACGGCUGCUAUUACUGGUGCAACAACACCAAGCACAAGACCUCCYUUUGCCAGGAUCAGGCCAAGGAGGAUGUGCGGCCUCAUUCGGCCGCCUUGCUAGCGGCCUCCUACGCAUCUGGGGAUGAUGCGGAUGUCGUAAGUUCUCGAUAUGCUUACGAGGACUAUGCUGUCCACUUGGUCCCACCGCUGGACCAACCGCUCCACGUGCAACAAUCUACCGCAUGCACGGUUUCAUCACCAUCGGCAACGGAUUCGACAGCUUCGCCGCCAUCUACCACCAGGGAUUCAACGUCAUGGUCAAGACUUGAAGAGCUCGACCCGUUGACAUUUGCGGUCUUCCAAUGGAUGCCCCUUCCCCGGUCCGGUCGAUUGCCGAAACUGCAUUGCAACGUGCUCAAGGCACAAUUGCGGGAUUACUUGCACACUACAGUACCGACUCCGUUGAUGGACGUCAGAGUAGAGGUUGUCGACCUUCACGCCUACAUUGCGAAGAUCGACCGCGAGUUCAAGAUGCAACGGAAGUCCCAGCCCACGCAAGUCACGUUGGCAGACGGUCACACGCACAAGUCAAUCGACCGGUGCAUCGAUGACGUCCCAAUGUACUUUGCCCCUCACUCAAGUGAGGCGGUGUCCUUUGACAUUCUGGACACCAAAUUCGACAUGAUCUUGGGCAUGCCAUGGCUGCGAAGCGAGGACCACCCGGUGAACUUCUACCACCGCACCGUUCACGUUCGUGAUCGGAACGGAGUACUAGUCCCAUGCACGGUAGCUCCUCCUCACCCUUCAGUUAGUUGUCAUGUGGUAUCAGCCGCAAGCAUGCGAGCUUCCAUCAUUAGAGACGACAUCGAGGAGAUGGGGGUGUGCUUUCUCCACGCCCUCCCGCCCCAUGACGCUUCACCGACGGACUCAUCUUCGGAUCCACGCAUCAUCGAGCUUCUCGACACCUACAACGACAUGUUCGAAGGCCCGCACGGAGUAGUACCGGAUUGGCCCAUCCGCCACGAGAUCAUCCUCGAGGACGGGGCCGUACCUCCACGCGGUUGCAUCUACCGAAUGAGCGAGGAAGAGUUAACUGUGCUUCGGGCACAACUCGACGACCUUCUGGAGAAAGGCUGGAUUCGGCCUAGCUCAUCGCCAUAUGGUGCUCCUGUUCUCUUCGUCCGGAAGAAGAACAAGGAUUUGCGGUUGUGCAUCGAUUAUCGCAAGCUCAACGCGCAGACGAUCAGAAACACCGGCCCUCUCCCACGCAUCGACGAUCUUCUCGAGCGACUAGGCGGCGCCAAGUUCUUCUCCAAGCUCGAUCUCAAGUCGGGAUAUCACCAACUCGAGAUCCGGCAGGAGGAUCGUUACAAGACCGCGUUUAAGACGCGAUAUGGGCAUUUUGAAUGGCUGGUUAUGCCAUUUGGCCUUACGAAUGCCCCGACCACUUUCCAAGCGGCUAUGACAACGGAGUUCCGAUACAUGCUGGAUCGAUACGUACUUAUCUACCUCGACGACAUCCUGGUGUACAACCGGAGUUUGGAGGAGCACGUGGAACACCUGCGCACCCAGGAGCUGGAGUACUUGGGACAUUAUGUGAUGCCACAAGGCAUCCGUCCGCUUGCGGACAAGAUCGAGGCCCUAAGAGUAUGGCCCGAGCCCACCAACACCACAGACGUUCGUUCAUUCAUGGGAUUGGCGGGCUACUAUCAACGAUUCAUCACCGGAUACUCGAGGAUUGCUGCACCUAUGACGAGAUUACAAUCGCCAAAGGUGCCAUUCGUAUUCGAUGAUGACGCACGCCAGUCAUUCCAAGCACUUAAGACGGGUAUGCUUAUGGCACCCGUCCUUAGCAUCUAUGACCCCACCCUGCCGACGAGAGUGACUACGGACGCUUCCGGCUAUGGCAUUGGGGCAGUCUUGGAACAACACGACGGCGACGACUGGCACCCUGUGGAGUAUUUCAGCCACAAAGUGCCUCCCAUCAACUCGCUUGAUGAUGCAAGGAAGAAGGAGCUGCUCGCAUUCGUCAUGACUCUCAAGCGAUGGCAGCACUUCCUCCUUGGGCGUCGUAGGUUCACAUGGGUUACGGACAGCAAUCCAUUGACCUACUACAAGACACAGGAUACGCUACCUUCGGAUCACCCACCGGCCAGCCACUAUCGCAUCGCCGAUGGGUACUUGCUCCUGCACUCGCGGGGCAAGGACUUACUAUGUGUCCCACGCGACCGCCGUCUUCGGACUCGCCUCCUCGGUGAGUAUCAUGAUUCGCGACUCGCCGGGCAUUUCGGAGUCAACCGCACUAUUGCACGGCUUCGACAGCGAUUUCGAUGGCCCGACCUCAUCACCGAUGUCAUGAGGUAUUGCGACUCUUGCGAAGUUUGCCGACAAAGCAAACCCCGCAACCGCAACCCCUACGGCGAGCUGCGCCCGAUGCCGAUCCCGCAGGAACCCGGUCUCUCCAUUGCCAUGGAUGUCACCGGACCAUUCCCCCUCGACCGCCUCGGACACGACGACAUCCUCACGGUCGUGGACCGAUUGAGUAAGUACGCGCGUUUUCUCCCUUGCAAGUACUACUCCAUGGCUCCCGAGCUGGCACGCCUCCUGCACACCGGCUGGAUUUGCGGCCAUGGUGUACCGGAAGACAUAGUCAGCGACCGCGACACUCGCUUCAUGUCGACAUUUUGGACUGCACUCAUGCAGGAGUCCGACACGAAGAUGAAGCCAAGUUCGGCUCAGCAUCCACAGACAGACGGGCAGACGGAGCGGGCACAUCAAACCGCUCAAAUGAUGCUUCGUACGCUCAUCCGUCCGGACCAGAAAGAUUGGGUUGAUCGCCUCCCCGACAUCGAGUUCGCCUACAACACUUUGGUGCACCCGGCGAUCGGCAUGACUACAUUCGAGUUCCACCACGGUGGACGGAAAGGCCGUAUCUUCGCCGACCUUCUCCUCCCACGACCAGCCGACAUCGAUGUCGCUUGCUCUCCCGCUUCCGUCCGGAAGUACAGGGAAUUGCUGGCUCAAGCCCACGCAAAUACGCAAAAGGCUCAAGUCCGCAUGCAGCAGCAAGCCAACAGGCAUCGCGUGCCAUGUCCCAUCCGCGCCGGCGACUUGGUUUCGGUUUCCGCAGAAGAGUGUGCACUGGAACAGGAUGUCUCACGCAAACUGCUUCCCAAGUGGUUUGGACCAUGGCCUGUAACAUCAACCGCGGGCGAUGAGCCCGAUGGCCCUUCAUUUGUGAUCAACAUUCCCCCGCAUCUGACGGUCCAUCCAGUCUUUCACUCCUCAAAGCUGGCAACAUACACGCCAGCUAAGAGCGACGACUUUCCGGGCCGACAAUCGCAGGACCCUCCUUCUAUGGAUGGUCAUCAGGAAGUUGAUCGCGUCAUCACCGAUCGCAAGUACGGCAGCAAGCCACGACAGUACAAAGUGACAUUCAAAGCCUGCGAUCGCAACGACACUCGGUGGAUUUCAGGAGCAGAUUUGAAAGCAUCCGCACCGAUGAUCUACGCGCAUUAUGAGAAGCAAAGGUUAGCUCGGGAAGCUUCACGACCGGCCCCUCCCACCCGGACUGUGGUCCCUCCCUUAGACAGACAGCUUCGCACUCGCAGACUGAAUAAAAUAACAAGAAAGAAUGCAUACCCUUUGCCGCGUAUUGAUGAUCUGCUUGAUGCUGCAGGUGGAUGCAAGGUCUUCAACAAGAUCGAUCUCAAGUCUGGCUACCACCAGAUUGAAGUCGACCCUGCAGACCAGCAUAAAACUGCAUUCAAAACUCGCGAUGGGUUGUACGAGUUUACCGUCAUGCCCUUUGGCCUCAGGAAUGCACCGGCCACCUUUCAAAGUUUCAUGGAUAAGGUGUUUCGCAAUCAGAUCAAUCAAUUUGUUGUUGUUUAUUUGGAUGACAUACUAAUCUUCAGCAAGUCGAUGGAGGAGCACAUGGGACACCUUGAGGAAGUGUUGCAGAUCCUCAAGAAUGCGCAGCUUCAUCUCAACUUGGAGAAAUAUGAGUUUGGGAGGGAUAGCGUCAUCUACCUUGAACAUCGGUUGUUUGUUGCAGGCCUAGAGCCCGAGGCAACCAAAGUUGAGGUCAUCCGCAAAUGGCCUCAACCGGCAAAUGUCCGCGAGUUGCGUUCUUUUCUUGGUUUUGCGUCAUUCUACCUGCUACAACAAGAUGAUCGCGACGACUUACGUCCACUCGAAUUCUACAGCAAACGUACGCCCAGUCACAAGGUAGCUGCCUCCACUUACAUGCGAGAACUUUAUGCCUUGACAGCGACACUAGAUCAUUGGAAGCACUACCUCUUGGGUCGCCAUUUCAAAGUGUUCUCAGACCACGAGACUUUGAAAUGGAUUCAGACACAGAAUAAUCCAUCAACUACAUUGACCCGCUGGUUGCAUGAGAUUGUUGUGUAUGAUUUUGAACUUAGGCACAAGAAAGGUUGUUACAAUCGCGUUGCGGAUGCUUUGUCUCGCCACCCUCAGUACAUGACUUGUCUUGUGGGCUCCUAUGAUCUCCGUAAGAACUUGAAGGAGGAACUAGUUGAGCAUACUGCCAAGGACUCAGAACUCAGUCCCGUCCUUGAGCAGAUCGAGGCUGACCCUAGCAGUCAGCCUGACUUUCGUGAAUGUAAAGGUUUGCUCUUCCGACAUUACGGGAAGUACGACCGUCUGUGUGUACCCAAUCAUGAGCCUAUCCAUACUCACUUCUUGGACUUGGCUCAUGGCCGGCACUUCGGUUUUGAAAAGACAUACGGAAGUCUGUUGCAAAAGUUUGUAUGGCCUGGGAUGAAAGGAAUGGUACAAAAGUUUAUGGUUGAGUGUGAAGUUUGUCAACGCAUCAAGCCAUCUCGGCAGAAGCCCUUUGGGUUGCUGCAUCCUCUUCCUAUUCCUAAUGGCCCGGGUGAGUCACUUUCCAUCGACUUCACGGGCAUGAGAAAGAAAAGUAGGAAUGAGUAUUCGCAAGUAAUGGUGAUCGUUCACCGCUUUUCAAAAUUUUUGAAUUUGAUUCCAUUACCACCUCACGCCCCAACUGACCUUGUGAUCAAAGAGUUUCACAAGCAGUACAUUUUGCAGUGUGGGCCCCCAAAAACUCUUGUGAGUGACCGGGACACUAGGUUCAUAAGUGCAGAUUGGAAGGACUUCACCUCCUUGAUCUAUGACAUCAAACUCAAGAUGACGUCUGGUCGACAUCCCGAAGCCAAUGGACUGGCCGAGGAGAUUUACCAGACUGUGAUCCAACUUCUCCGAGCUCUAAUUCUGCCUGAUCAGAACUCUUGGGAUGAGGAAUUGCGGAUUGUGCAGGGAUUGUACAACAACUCCAUACACUCCUCCACCGGGAUGACACCUAACCGGUUGCACCUUGGGUGGAAAAUGCGCAAUCCCCUAUCCUAUCUGUUUCCUGACCAGCCACCUGGCCUAACACCUGGCCAGCCAGGCUACAAUGCUAAGUUUGAUCGCUUGCUCAAAGUUGUUGUCGCUGCUAUGGAAAGGCGACGCAGUGCCAUGAUUAAGCAUGCUAACAAAAAACGCCAUCCUGCACCUUUCAUAGUGGGAAGUUAUGUCUGGGUCAAAAUGUCUGAGUUUUUUGAAGAAGAAGGUGUAUCACGAAAGCUUCUUCCUCAGUAUUACGGUCCGUGUAAGGUGUUGAACCAAGUAGGGGAAGAUUCAUUUGGUCCUUACACGAGCGACGUGCCUACUCAUUUGCGCACAUACCCAGUCUUUCACGCGUCAAAGUUGUUUCCGUAUGAACCACCCGAAACUUUUCCGUUUCGAGAAUUGAUGAUCCCUCGCGCAGUCAAUGGCGGCCACGAGAUUGAUGGAAUUGUCGAGCACAGUGGAAAGGGGAGAAACAAACAGUAUAAAGUCCAUUUUUUGUACCACCUGUUGAAUGACUUUUAUUGGAUUGCUAAGAAAGACUUGUUGCAAAGUGCCCCGCGAGUCGUCAACGCAUAUGAACGACUGAUUAGCUCCAAACAACAACCUAAAUUCACUGCUACCCUCACUCCUACGGAACAUACCCGAUCUCUCUUUGCUAUCUACGCUUAUGAUGCAUUAUGAAAAGACUCUGAUUGAGUUACUCGCUC